AUGUCUCGUUUCGCUGGCAAAGUUGCUAUUAUUACUGGAUCCUCCAAUGGAAUCGGUAGAGCUGCUGCUGUGCUGUUCGCCAGAGAAGGAGCUAAAGUGACCAUCACCGGAAGAAAUACUGAAAGACUCGAAGAGACAAGACAGCAAAUAUUGGCGGCAGGAGUCCCGGAGGGGAAUGUGAAUUCGAUUGUGGCAGAUGUCACCACGGAUGCUGGACAAGAUCAAAUCCUAAAGAGCACUUUGGAGAAGUUUGGAAAAUUGGAUAUUCUUGUGAACAAUGCUGGUGCAGCGAUUCCAGAUUCUCAGGGAAAAACUGGAAUCUCUCAAGGACUUGAUACCUACGAUGCUACUUUGAAUCUGAAUAUGAGAAGUGUGAUCGCUUUGACGAAGAAGGCGGUGCCUCAUUUGACAGAGACCAAAGGAGAAAUUGUCAAUAUUUCUAGUAUUGCGUCGGGGCUCAGAGCGACCCCAGAGUUCUCGUACUACUCGAUCGCCAAAGCCGCCCUUGACCAGUACACCCGUAACACUGCAAUCGCUCUCAUUGAGCACGGCAUCCGAGUAAACUCAAUCAGUCCUGGACUAGUCGCCACCGGUUUCGGGUCUGCAAUGGGCAUGCCUGAACAAGUCGCAGACAAGUUCUACUCAGUGAUGGCAACAAAGAAGGAAUGUGUGCCGGCUGGAGUUAUGGGACAACCCAACGACAUUGCAGAGGCUAUUGCUUUCCUGGCUGAUCGAAAAGCCUCCUCUUAUAUUAUUGGUCACCAACUUGUUGUUGAUGGUGGCAGCUCACUCAUCAUGGGUCUUCAUUGUCAGGACUUUGCUGCUUUGUUGAAGUAA